UUUCAGAAAGGAUUUGCCAAUAUCAGGAAAACGUGUUACAUAUACAUAUAUGGAUUCCAGUCAUUCAUUUGAUUGCUUUUUACUUCUGUUUAUUUUCUUAGACAUAAAUUAUUUUUUUUAUAUAUUUAUGUAAAAUUGUAUAAAUGUUUGUGACUGCAGUUUACUUAACUGAAAUUUAAAAUAAGUAUUUACUGUCUCCUCCAAUCUCUAUGCGUAAGUAUUAGUAACUCACUAAAGAGUAAAGUCUAAUUAGAAAUAGCGCUCUAACGACGUGUAACUUGAUCGUUGACGUUAUCUGUUAGUAACAAAAGUUCCGUAUAAACAGCGAAACCUUAAGUAUGACAUCAGUUGGUGCAUUAGGGAAUGUCAUCAAUCUAGGGAACAGUAUAAUUGGAGUUAGCAUUCUUGCAAUGCCAUAUUGUUUUAGCAAGUGUGGAAUAGUUCUGAGUUUGUUACUGGUUGUGUUAAGUGGAAUCCUCUCUCGUGCUACUUGUCAUCUACUCCUUAAGGGAGCAAUUAUUACUCGACGGAGGAAUUUUGAAUAUCUUGCUUUCCACACCUAUGGCUCAGCAGGAAAGUUAGUUGUUGAAGUUGGCAUCAUUGGGUUUUUGAUUGGAGCAUGUAUUGCAUUUUUUGUUGUGGUUGGUGAUCUGGGUCCUCCUCUUGUGGCUGAUAUGCUGCUACUUAAGUUAACUCCUCAACUUAGAGUCAUUUUCCUGGCUUUCGUUGGUGUUUUUGUUGCCCUUCCACUGGGACUUCUGAGAAAAGUUGACAGCCUGACUAGCUUUAGUCUUCUGUCUUUGAUAUUCUAUGGUUUUCUCAUUAUCAAGAUUAUAGCAGAAGCUACUCCAAAACUCUUUUCUGAAAUUAUGUGGAACCAGGUAGUUUUAUGGGAGCCUUCAGGAAUAUUACCAUGUCUACCUAUCUUUUCAAUGGCCCUAUCUUGCCAAACUCAGUUGUUUGAGAUUUUUGAUACUCUGAAUGAGCCUUCUCUCAAGAGGAUGAACACAGUUGUUAGUGGUGCUGUCAAUAUGUGUUCUAUUGUAUAUAUACUGGUGGGAGUUUUUGGAUAUGUGGCAUUUUUUGAUGAGCCAAUGACAGGAAACAUUCUUGUAAAGUUAAGCCCAACCCUCAUUUCUCAGAUUAUAAAAUUUGGUUUUGUCAUCACAGUGGUUAUCAGUUUUCCAUUGUGUUUGUUUCCAUGUAGGACAAGUCUUCAUUCAUUGGUCUUCAAACAGGGUUUUGUUCACCAUGAUGCCCCAGCAAACUACAUUCCAGACCAUCAUUUCCGUGGCCUGACAAUACUCUUGGUUAUGAUCACUGUAGGAAUAGCUGUUAUUCUUCCUAAUAUUGAAGUUGUUUUAGGAAUUGUUGGAUCAACUAUUGGAAUUAUCAUCUGUGUAAUUUUGCCUUCCAUGAUCUUCAUCAAGGUCACCUCCAAGAACACCAAUGAACGACUUUUGGCUCAGACUACCUUAUGUGUGGGGUUCUUCAUCAUGGUUGUAUGUACAUACACCACUCUACUAGAUGCAACUACUAACCGACGUGAGUUACCUAUAGAACUUCAACGACCAAAAGACCUUAAUGUCAUUAAACCUUCACCACUUGCACCAGAAAAAGUAGCAGAGUUAAUAUCAAAUGACACUGUCCCAGCAACCCCAAGCCCCAAACUUGAUACAGGUCAGAAAGUAGUCAAUCAAGAAGUACUGCAAGAAUUGAAUAAAAAGGGACAAGAUGGAGACAAAAGACAAGAACCUCCUAUUCCCCAAGAACCAGAAGUAAAGGAUGUUAAUUUGGUGGAGGAGGAGCAUGGAGCAGAAGCAUAUAAGAACAAAGGCAAGGAAGGUGGAGCAGACAGCCAAAAAGAAAAUCUUGGUUUAAAGCAGCAGAAUAUACGUGACAAAGAAAAUUUGAAUCCAUCAGAUGUUCAGGAAAAUAAAGUGAUAGAUGAUAUUAACAAACGCAAGGAAAACUUGGAUGUAGCAAACAAUCUAAAAAAAGAACUUGAUGAGGAAAAGAGUGACAAUAGGGUCAAAGAUAGUGUAAUAGUCAACCAAAAAGAAUCUGUAAUAGGACUGGACAUCAGCAAGGGCAAGGAAAGUUUGGAUCCAGCAGCAAUUCAGAAGGAAGAAAGGGAGCUAAAUGAAGGAGAGAAAAGACCUGAAAACCAUGAGAAGUUGUUACAGCAAUUAGUAGAAAAGCAAGAAGAACAGAAUAAACUUCUCCGAGAACAAAAUAAGAUCAUCCAGGAACUCAAAAGAAACCAAGACAGUGCUCAAGGAAAGGAAGAAAAAAAGCAAAAUGAUGCUGGAUACCAAGUAGUGGAUGAGAAGAAUGAAAAAAAUAACUUACGAUUAUAUCAGGAAAAUCAACAGCUUAAUCUCAUCAAAAAUAAAGAACAAAGCCAAAAUCUUGGUGGUAUAUCCAAUAAUCAAGCUAAAAAUAUCAAAGAUAAACCACAGCAAAGAGUUAAUUCACCGGUUCAGUAUAAACCACAGCAAAGAGUUAAUUCACCGGUUCAGUAUAAACCACAGCAAAAUGUUAAUUCACCAGUUCAGCAUAAACUGCAGCAAAAAUUAUCUCCUAAUCAAAUUUCACUUGGUCAACAGAAUCAGCAUAGGCAGGAAAAUAUUAUUGGUCGACCUUCUGAAGAUCAACAGAAUUUUCCACCUGUUCAACCAGAACCACACAAACAGCAGGAUGGGAUUAGACAAGAGAAACCACAAAACCUUCAAAAUAUAAUUAAUCUAGAGAACAAACAAAACAUGUUUAUUGAGCAAAAUCAACAAGAUAAUAAUGCUGUAGUUCAACAACCAAUUCUAAAGAAUCAGUACAGUGUGUCCAGACAGGAAGCCAAUUCACUUAACAAAGGUGAUUUUCAGGACAAAAGUCACAUUCAACCUAAGUUUCAUGUAACUCAAGUUUUACAAGAAUAUUCUAAGAUUGAGAAGGGAAAGGAAAUCAAAGUUGUUGGUGAAAAAGUUGAGAAUGUACAGCAUAAAAUAGACUUGAAAAUUGGUAGAUUUAAUGAAAAACUUUCUGCAGAUGCUGCUGGAGGAGAAUUUUCACAGCAAAAUAAACCUCAAGAGACAAAGGAGAAGAUAGAGUAUAACGAAAAUGUGAGAGAAUUGCACAAGCGAGAAAUGAAGAAUCUUGAUUAUCCUGAUAACAACAUUAACAAGAUUGAAGAAAAAAGAUUUGCUGAUGCUGACCAAAAUGAUGGAUUAGUGCAUCUUACGUCUGAACCAUCAUUAAUACAAAAAACUAAGCUUGACCAAUUAGUAACGAAAGAAUCAAUAAGUGAGAGACAUAAACGUGAAGUGGAUUCUGGUCAGCUGAAGAUGCCUAUCUAUGUCAAUGACAGUGUUCCAGAUCCAGUUAAAGAGAGUCUCCUUGAAAACCCUCCAUCACAAGUUAGUAAAAUGGACAUCCAAGGAGUUUUAAACUCUAAAAUGAAAAACGUUGCUAGUUUAGGCCUUAUUAAGCAUGAAAUGAGAAGACUACUUGAAGCUAGUAAUACUUCUCCCAGUGAAAUAAGAGAAGUAAUGUGGAAUACAUCUAAAGUCACUGCUAAUGACUUUGAGAAUACAUCACAGACUCCUAGUCAAAAAAAUAUAGCAUAGAAAGAGUUUAUUUUUAUUAAAAAGCAACAAAACAGCACAGCAACAAAUCUGUUAAGUUACAUGAUACAAGAUGGUUGGGGUUAUUUUUUAAGGGGUUUAUUUAUCCUCAAAACAUUUGUAUAAUGUUUUCUUUUAUGCUCCUGUUCAUUACUUGGUUAUUCUAAUGGUUGAGAGACAAGAAUACUUAAUAAAAUUAUGUUUAGAUUUUAAGUAGAUCCAGUGUGUAAGUUUCAAUACUUAAAAACUAUUUUUAAGUGUGAACACUGUGUAUCAUGUCCUGUGGACAACUGAGAUAACAACCUGAGGUGGAAUAAAGAACAUUUUCUAGUGUCUUGUACAUUACAAAGAAAUGGUGGUUAAUGAUUUUAAUUAAUGCUUCUAUAUUGAGCCAAUCAACAGAGGAAAAAUUUAAAGUUGAACUUUUAACUUCAGUGUUUCAUUACACAUAUAUAAAUUAUGUCGUUAGAUUAGAAGAACUUUGCUGUAUUUAAGAUUAUUCACAGAUUACUAUUAUUAUAACCUUGUCUCUGCAGUUCAUUUAUUGGAAAUUAAUAACCAUGUAUUUUCAUUAUGAGUUUUUAAAAAAUAUUGAGUUCAAGAACUUGUAUGAAAAGUUUAAAAGACACUUGUGAGAUGGAUUGAGUUAUUGCUCAUUCGUAAUUUUUUGUUACAGUACCAGUUCACUGAUUUAUAUUGAAUUUUAUAAGUUGUAGGUUAUAUGUAAUAGUCUUUUAAAACAUUAACUUUAUUAUUUAGCAGCAGUUUUUCAGAGAUAACUUGUGUCAUUUGAUUGUUCCUUUCAUCUCUUAUGUAAACUUUGCUAAAUUGGUAUAGGUUAUUCAUUGUUAUGGUCAUCACUAAGUGAUAAUCUGUUAAUUGUAAACUAGAAAUGUUGAAAUUUAUUUAUAUACUACUAAAACUCUGAGAUUGUUUGUUUGCUUGUCUGUAAUUAAAUACAGCAAAAACGGUGCACAAUGGCGCCAUAUUUGUAAUGAAAUGAGAAUAGAAACAGAAUAAAACAAGUUUUGUUAAAAUCGGGCCAUGUGUAACCGAGUUAGCGCCAUUGUUCGGGUCACUUUUCGUACAUUCCAUU